AUUUACAUUGGGAAACCAGAAUACACAGACCGAUACGUAAGUGUAAUAGAUAUCGAAGAUACAUAUUUUCGGAAAAUGUCAUACGUUUUUUAAGUUUUCUUAUCGAUGUGCGGUGAUAUGAGUUGCCAAUGACUGCUUGGAUUUGAUUGUCGACCGAUGAUGUGGGAUGCAUACCCCGUGAAGUUAAAAACGUUCUUCCAGGACAUACUUUCUGGUACUGGUAAAAUAUCAUUCCUCCAAAAAAUGGAUAGUGAAAACGACCGAGAUGGAUGUUGCGAUAAUUGUAACAUUUAUGGUUAUAUGUUACUGUGCUCCAACUGCAAAGGCGCCAUGUACUGCUCCAGACAAUGUCAGAAAGCAGACUGGAAGAAGCACAAAAGGCUCUGCAACACCUCAACGUCAUUUAAAACAGAUUCACAAAGCCCCAACAACGGUGAUAAAGAAGCGUUAGGUAUUUGUGCAUUUUGCCAACGUGUUGGAGCCCACAAGUGUGCCAAAUGUAAACGUACGUGGUAUUGCACGAGGGUAUGCCAAGCUGCAGACUGGAAACGUCACAAACCGGGAUGCAAACGCAAAUUUACGGACCAACAAACAACCAAGAUGAAGCCAGUAAAUGAUGUUGAUGUUCCCAGUAUUGACACAUUGUCGAUACAUGAACCGAAAUCAUUUGAUAAACCGAAACAAGACUUGACACCUGGUAAUGUAGAUAUGUUACUUACUCGUGAUUUUGACAACGGCAACACUAAAGUUUCAAGCACAAAUUCUACUCAAACAGAAACAAACAUGAAGAAGAAAGGCGUAAAUGAAAAACGAAAACGUGCUAGUGAAAUAAAAUCGGAAACUACAGAAGGAGCGAGUAACUACAAGUUGGAUAAUACAAACGAUUUUACGGAUCCGAAAUCUGGAAAUUGCAAUCGAUGCAAUAUCAUGGGCUGUACACAACGCUGUGCUAGAUGUAGAUCAAUAUUCUAUUGCUCAAAACCCUGCCAAAAAGAAGAUUGGACUUUUCAUAAAAAGUCAUGCAAAAAGGAAUACACAGAGGAAGAGAAACGAAUAAUCGACGAACGUCUAAGAGAAAAAAAGGAAGUAAUUAUUCUAAAGGAACUGGAAAAAGACACAGACAAAGUUGUUAUAAAUUCUUUUAGUGGAGGCACUGAUCGAUUUCUGAAAACCCUAAGUCCAGAGAAAGCACUCUUGGAAGCAUCUAGACAACAUGGUUCUCUUCAGAAAGCAAUUGAGUUGGCGAAGGAGUGGUUCCCUGACUGCGAAGUGUUAACAAAAUUUGAAAACGUUCCCAGAGAACCAAUGUCCAAAUUUGAACUGAUCAUGAUGAGGUCCCUUCAUAUGCAUACAUGGGUCCUUGUGGCAUUCAUGUACAGAUAUCACGAGCAUGCCAUGCGACACGGAGCAUAUCUGAAGGAUGAUAUUGACAGUGAAAGCAAAGUGGAAUUUUAUCUAGACCAUGUCGGAGAUAAUCCCGCCCCUUUCUUUACCUACCGUAUGGUGAAACCAGGCAAUUAUAUAUGCAUAGUGAGGCCACUCGUUCACGCGUUUAUGGACGGAACAAUAGGGUUCAAAAUAGAAGAUCCAUCUACUGUUUGUAUCAUUGAAAAAGACAUGCUUGUGCAGGACGAAUCAUUGUUAAGAGGUCUAGAUGGUUAUUUGUGAUUCUGUUGGUGCAUAUAGAUGGUAUUUGUUAGACGCCCCACGGUUUGAUUAAAGGGGGGUUGCUAAAAGUAAAAAAUUUUGUCGGCAAAAUGGGAUCCGGCAAUUUCUAAAAAUUUCUUAAAAUACUUGGAUGGAAGUUGGUUUACCGAAAAGAGGUAAUGGAAUUGAAGAUAAUGCACGACCGUGUUGGGUUUUUAUCAAAUGUAUUUUACUUAAAAAUAUCAAUAUUGAAAUAACUGACCUUAAGUACUUCAGAUAUAAUACUGAACCGUUGGACACACAUUAAUCUAAAGAUUGACCAUGUAACUUUUCUUCAAACGUUUUCACUGUUCAUCUGUGCCUUUCUUUCAGUACGUGUUGUUAUGUGUGUACAAAGGACAAAGCCUAUUUCUCUGUUCUUAGAUGUUUUAUUUAUAAAGGCGUUUUAUGACAUUAAUGAAUGCCAUUGCAUCAACUGAUCUUGGAUUUAAAAACAGAAAACGCACGCAAUUCGUUUAAACAUUAAAAUAAUGGCCUACGGCACUGGUUGGCUAUUUUAGAUGUGAUACAUUUUAUAAAUGCAAACGCAUCGUAUCAACAAAUCAUCUACAAAAAUUUGACUUAAAUGCGAAGAACUGAUGUCAACUUGAUGCGUAAGUGUUACACCCAUAUUGCAACACAUUCUUUUAACAGAUUAACAUUUGUCCAUUGGUUAUUAGCGUUCUCCCACAUAUGCGUAUUUAAACCGUGUAUAGCUAUUGGUUAAUAUAUAUCAUGACAAAUUAACAAUUCAACUAUAACUACAACCAGUGAGACAGCAUAUUUUUAUGGGUGGCAUUAAAAAAGAAGGUUCAAAUAACGAAGCGUGUGUCACGUAAUACAUUCAAAACAGAUACAUUGUUAAAGUAUAUAAAUUUAUGUAAAUACUAUCUUCAUAGAACAACUAAAUCAUAUAGAAAUAAGUAAUAUAGAAUAUAUUCAUUAUUGUUUAAUUAAGUAGAAACUGUUAUCAUAAAAGCAAAUAUUAAAUUGUAAUAAAUAAUAUGAAUAUUAUUGAGACGUAAACAUAAUAUUGAAUCACUCAUAAAUCAUGUUUAUAAAACGGGACUGUUAUUAUUAAAUCGUGUAGAAAUUAUCUUAAUGGAAUAUAUUCAAUUAAAAUACCAAUUUCUUAAAUUCGUAUUGAAAGUUAUUAUGUAAAUGAAUGACCCUCAAAUGUUAACUAGAUUUAGGCUAUUACGUCACAUAAAAUGCAUAUUAGACUAUCUGUAAAUGAAGCCACGAAAUUAGGCAUUAUGGUUUAACUCAAAAUUUGAUUCAUAUCUAAAUAAAGAGAAUCGUUGUCUUUUUGAAAAUAACACAAUAAACUAGAGAUUUAUACAAUUUAAUAAACGGAAAAAGACACUCAUUCAUAAUGAUAUAGAAGCGUCAUUUGGAUUGGACACUUAAUAUGUUCAUCACUAUUAUAUAUAAAUAGCCAUGAGGCCGUUUUAUACAAAUCCAAGAUUAUAAUAAAAAUGUUCAUUUUUACAAGAGAUCUUUAUUCAGCUCCAUAUAUAUGUAUAUGAAACAUUUCUGAUAGUCUUUCGCUUCCUCAUUUAUUUUCAUUACGCAAUUUCUCUCUACAGCAUGUAUGAUUUUAUUAACGUUUCACAAAGCAGUUUACUUUAUUUUGCGGCUUAACAGUUUCUGUUUUGGAAAAUAGCCUGAUUCAUCAUUACAAAAUAUGCGAUUUCACUCUCUUAAUCCGCCAUAAUGGCGAUCUGCUUGUCGAAGUUUUCCAAUCACUAUACCACUUGGCUGUAUGGGCGGAGCGAUCGAUCAUAAUUUGGCGACUGGUCAAUUCAAUCGCAGAACAUUUUAAGCGCAUCACAAUGAAAUUAUAUAAAUACAAUGUUUUAAUUUCAUUAACUUAAAGCAAUUUAUUUACCACUGAUAUUUGUAAAAAAAAUUAUAAAAUACGAAUGUUAUUGGUUUCCAAAAAGUUCUCGUUUAGUUUAUUGUUUCUUUCGUUGAAUUAAUGCACGACUAUUGGGAGUUAUUGUUCAUUACCUACCUAGAUCAUUAUUAUGGGAAAGUCUCUUCUAAACAGUCGAGACGACCAUAGGCGAGGCCUUAUACCACAAAUAUCACGGAAAAUCGAGACAUUAAUUUUUAAAACGUAGGCCAUUUUCUGAAAAUAUGUAUGUUCGUUAUCGAUUUCUCUUACGUAUGUGUCGGUGCAUUCUGGUUUCCCAUUGUAAAUUGGCUCCUUUCCAACUUGAUAAUGCAGAACAUCUAAUAUAAAAAUACAAUUUUUGGAAUUUUAUUUAUUUCAAA